AGGAAGGAAGGAUGCAUGUGGGAUGGAUGGAUGGAGAUGGUGGGUGUGUCCCAGUGGAGGAGUGACGCGCUGCUGGCACGCAUGCCCCGUGCAUACUGCGCGUCCCGGCCUGUCAGUAGCGGGCAGAUGGAAACGUAGGCAAGUGGAUCUGGUGAGGUCAUGUAUUUUUAAGCUGCACGACGGAAGAAAUCGGCAUUCGUCGGCGGCAGAAAGCAGAGUCCGCAAUCGCGGAGCGUGUGGCCGCUGAUCGGUGCCUGAGCCUGACCGCAGGCUUUCGGAUUUGGUGUCGGAAAGAGAACAUUUUUGGAUGCACAGAGGGCAGCACUUGAAGAUUUCACGAUGAACAAAAACAAGAAAGACAGAGAGUUCUACAGCCUGGAUGUUGGAGAUUCAACCUUCACAGUGUUAAAGCGAUACCAGAACCUGAGGCCCAUUGGCUCAGGGGCACAGGGGAUUGUAUGUUCUGCUUAUGACCAAGUCCUUGAAAGAAAUGUUGCCAUAAAGAAGCUGAGUCGGCCGUUUCAAAAUCAAACCCAUGCCAAGAGAGCGUACAGGGAGCUGGUCCUAAUGAAAUGUGUCAAUCACAAAAAUAUCAUCGGCCUUUUAAAUGUAUUCACACCACAGAAGUCGUUAGAAGAAUUUCAAGAUGUAUACUUGGUGAUGGAGCUGAUGGAUGCCAACCUGUGCCAGGUCAUUCAGAUGGAGCUGGACCACGAGAGGCUGUCUUAUCUGCUCUACCAGAUGUUGUGUGGUAUCAAACACCUCCACGCCGCUGGUAUCAUUCACAGGGACCUCAAACCCAGUAACAUAGUUGUGAAGUCUGACUGCACUCUGAAGAUUCUGGACUUUGGUUUGGCUCGGACAGCUGCCACGGGCCUCCUGAUGACACCUUAUGUGGUUACACGUUACUACAGAGCACCAGAGGUCAUCCUGGGUAUGGGCUAUCAAGCCAAUGUGGACGUAUGGUCAGUGGGCUGCAUUGUGGCUGAGAUGAUCAGGGGAAGUGUGUUGUUCCCCGGCACUGAUCACAUUGACCAGUGGAACAAAGUCAUAGAACAGUUAGGCACUCCAUCUCAGGAUUUCCUUAUGAAGCUGAACCAGUCAGUCAGAACAUACGUGGAAAACAGGCCACGCUACGCUGGGUACACCUUUGAGAAACUCUUCCCAGACGUUCUGUUCCCCGCUGACUCUGACCACAACAAACUGAAAGCGAGCCAAGCUAGGGAUCUCCUAUCCAGGAUGUUAGUGAUCGAUGCUUCUAAACGGAUCUCAGUGGACGAGGCGCUGCAGCACCCCUACAUUAAUGUUUGGUACGACCCAGCAGAAGUGGAGGCGCCACCUCCAAAGGUUUUAGACAAACAGUUGGAUGAAAGGGAGCACACAGUAGACGAGUGGAAAGAGCUAAUUUAUAAGGAAGUGAGUGAAUGGGAAGACUGGAAAAAAAACGGUGUGAUUAGAGGCCAGCCUGCUCCUUUAGGUGCAGCAGUGAUUGAUAGCCCGCCUCAGCCCACAUCCUCCUCUUCCUCGUCAGCCAACGAUGUCUCCUCAAUGUCCACCGAUCCCACUGACCCCUGCAGUGACCCCACCACGACCUCUGAAACAGACAGCAGCUUGGACGGCGCCACCACACUGGGUGCUCUGGCCUGCUGCAGAUAACAGACGCGAGCCUUCAGCUGUACUGAAAGUAAUAUUUCUCUAUUAAUGUAUAUGACGUACGAGGGCUUUGGCCAAUGAAACUGUUCAUGGUAGUUUGUAGAGCAUCGAUUUUAAUGUACAGCUCGAUUUUAAUUUCCCCCCUCCCUUUGUACUCGCUGUAAAUGACUGUGGUUUCAUGAUUGUCCUUAUUAUAUUUUUGUUGCCAAAAAUAGAGAGUAUGUUUUACAUGUGAACUUGUGGCAUAUGUAUGGAAAGAGAGGGUCGAGUGUUAUUUACGUUUACUGUUACUGUACUUUAGCUACUGCUGUUAGCAGUGCAAUGUUUUGUUGAGUAUAUUUUUUAAACCUUUAUUUGUCUUUUUUUGUAUAACAAUUGUUAGUAUUUUGGGGGGCAUUUACGUGAAUUGAAUUCUUAAGAAAUAGACUACAGGACAUUUGACUCAAGAAUAUUAUUUUAUGUGAAUAUUGGUUCUCUUUCUUGUAGAAAGCAGCUUAAAGUAAGAGAUUUUUUAGUGUUAUGUCACAUCUGAUUUUGUGUAUUUUAGCCAGGAGCAGAGAGAGCUUGAAACAGAAUUUAGCUUUUUAAUGCUGUAAAUUGAUUGUAUUUUAAAUUAUCAUUUCACCUAGAAGGGAUUUGUGGGUGAGCAGGAACAAUUGGGGGAAUGUAAGCGAACAAAAACGUGUCAUAGUAAAGGAACCAAUGAUUACUGUUAGUGCUGUAUAUACAGUAUAUAUAUAUGGGCAACUCCACUGUUAAAUAUGCGUGAAAUGUACUUAAGGUUAGUCACCACAAAACACUGUCUUAAAGAGUCUGUUUGACCUGAAAUGUAACAUAUUUGAUUUAAGUGCCCUUAAUCAGUUCUGUGAUUUUCAGUCUUCUACACUGAAGACUCUUUUAGUCUGUGAUCCGUCUUUGAGUUCUACCUCACGUACACACACACGCACACAAACACACACACUGAAGAUACAGUCUCUAUGUCACUGAAUGCUCAAUUCAAAAGAAAUGUGAAAAAAAAGAUUUUUUUGAAUGUGUUUUUUUUUUCUUAAUUUAUUUAGUUUUGUUUCAAGCUAGGAGGCAUUUAUUGUUUGUACAUUUCAUUCAGAAGAACUAUUUAAAUGCGUUUUGUUUCUGUUUUUUUUCUUCUGUGCAAUAUAGUUCAUAGAAUAGCAUACCUGGUAAUCAAUCUGUACAUUUUUAAUGUAGAUGUAUGUAUUUUUCUGAGAAUCAGGAAACAGGUAUUUGCAGGUAACCUUUGAAAAAUGAUGGCUUAAAAAGUCCGUUUUUAGCAGUUGGGCAGCCUAGGCAAUAACCCCCUGGAUCAUCUCCCAGAAUGCACUUUGGGGGUUGUCAGACAUGUCUCAACCUUUAUAUUCAACACUUCACGUUGAAUGUGGCUUCUUAGCGUUGUUUUUUUUCUCCUGUCCAUU